CGGCGGCGGCCCUCGGGGCGCGGGGGCCGACGCGGCGGUGGCUGACGGCGCUGUGGGGACGGAGCCCGAGCCGGGCGGCCACGAUCUGAACUGUGGUGUCCUCAUAGUCUGCAGAUGCCCAGUGGCUGACAGCUGAGGAGAGGAACCAGGCUAUGCUUCCUCUGAAAGCAGCAGGAUGGUCGGAGUUAAGUGACAGAGACGCCAUCUACAAGGAGUUCUCCUUCAAAAAUUUUAAUCAGGCAUUUGGCUUUAUGUCUCGAGUGGCCCUGCAGGCGGAGAAGAUGAACCAUCACCCCGAAUGGUUCAACGUGUACAACAAGGUCCAGAUAACUCUCACCUCCCAUGACUGCGGCGGGCUGACCAGGAGAGAUGUAAAGCUGGCGCAGUUUAUUGAGAAAGCCGCCGCUGCGGUGUGACCGCCCCCUCGCGUGCGUGGAUCCGUGCUGAGCACAGGCGAGAAGCUGUGGCGGGCACCUCACACCAACAGACGGCGUUGUAAACCCAUUAGCAUUUUUACGUUUUGUAUAAUCAGUACUUAAAUACAAAAUGACCGAA